AUGAUUGUGGAGCUAUUGGGGGAUGCUUCAAAAUUUGGCGUAGCAAAAAGCGAGCACAAGUUAUUUGCAAUGAAGCACUGCUCCUGUAGACUAUCGAAUCAGCUAUUCUCGAUUGAAUACUGGUUGGAGAAGUCAUCAACGUCAUCACGAGAGGAAGACUUCUUGCAACGGCGAGAUGAACACCUCUCCAGUGUAAGAGGAUCACCAUUUUUGCGAAGGGACUUUGGAGCACAUCACUCUAGUCCCGAGCCUUCUCAUACUGACAAAUCCAAGAUGAAGGGUAAAAAUAUGGAACCCAGUGAGGUAUUAUGGAUUGGAUUUCCAGCUUCAUUGAAGGUGGAUGCAUUGAUUUUAAGAAGGGUCUUUUCACCGUUUGGCGAGAUUGAGAGCAUUACUGUAUUUCCCGGUGGCAGUUAUGCGUUCAUCCAGUUCAAAAAUGUAAUGGCAGCCUGCUGGGCUAAAGAUACUCUUCGAGGGAAAUUAUUUGGCGAUCCUCGUGUACGUAUCUGUUUUGCAAAGAGGGAAGCAGGUACAUCCAACAGGGGAAGGAACCUGAUUAAUGCACCUCACUCCCCACAUUUCAGGUCAUAUGCACAUCCGCAAUCAUCUGAGGACUUCCGACAAGAUAGGAACUUUGGUAACUUAAAUGGAGAUCCCAACAUGAUAUCUCUUUGUUUUAUCUGUAAUAUGGAUCCCAGUGAUCCUGAUGUCACGAGUUUCAACAGGAAAGACAACUUGUGGGCAGGGGGAAGUGGUUCAUUUGAACAGAGGAGGUUCCAAGAACUUGGCUCUGAACCAGGACUUCCAGGUAAUAUGUACGAGCAUCACAGUAGUUGUCCACAAGACAGUGGCCCACACUUCCGUGAUUCUCAGCAAUUCCCUCGACAAGGCCCAUCCUAUAACUUGCCAGAAGACGCCUUGCUCUUUCAUGGAGCUAAAAAAUUAAAGACCAGCUCCUUUCCUCCUGAGGAUUUGCUUCCAAAUUAUCCUUUCUCUGAUUCAGAACAAGCGAAACAUGUUCUUCCUAGGAUGUACCCUGAUUUUACCCAGCCGGAGGCUAUUGAGAAGAACUUUCAUCCCGGACCUUUCGGUUAUAAGCAGAUCCCUGAUCAUGCAAUGAAUUUAAUCCAGCCUUUUGGGGAGAGGAGUGAACACUGGAAUGCAUCUUAUGAUAGUUUUCAGAUAGGUUCUCUUCCAUUGGCUUCAAACCCCACUGAUUGGAAAAGAUCAACUCCGAAAUCACAUCAGUCCUCUUUAAGUGAAGAAUGGAAAUGGGAAGGGACUAUAGCAAAGGGGGGAACUGCUAUCUGUCGUGCUCGCUGCUUCCCUGUUGGAAAAGCACUGGACAUGAAUUUGCCUGAAUUCUUAGACUGCACUGCAAGGACUAGUUUAGACAUUCUUACAAAACAUUACUAUCAAGCAGCUAGUGUUUGGGUGGUAUUCUUUGUACCUGCAGAUGACCCUAAUAUUGAAUUUUAUAAUGAAUUCAUGGAUUAUCUGAGGGAAAACCAGCGAGCAGCGUUGGUUAAAUUGUAUGAGAAGACAACCUUGUUUCUUGUACCUCCUUCAGAAUUCGCAGAGAAAGUACUGAAGGUACCUGGAAAACUGAGCAUCUCUGGUGUUAUUUUGAGGUUGGAACGUCCGGGUUCCAAUUUUGUGUCUCUUUAUCCUCCACAUGAGAAAAAAGAUACGAACUCCAUAUCUUGUCAGGGGGAUGAAUCAUACCCAAAGCCGUCAUCAUCUGCACGACCUUAUUCCUCAGUGCUGGCUUUUCAGAAUAUCGAGAAACCCGUGCUUAAUAGCACAUCUUUUAAGGGGAAUUUGUCAACAGCAGUUCCACCUGUUUCAGUUUCAGGCUCUGCUCAUGCUAUUGGAAAAAUGUCCGACUCAUUUAAUGAAAACAGACAUGAAUAUGUGCUCCAUCUGCAGAACCCUACACUUGGACCAAACUGGUCUCCUCACAAUCUACAGAACUCGAACUCUGGCAGCAGAAGUACUAAAUCAGACGCAUCCAAUAGUAGUGCUGUUGAUCCCAUUAACUCAGUCAUGCAUAGCGCUAUGCAGCAAUCAAGUUCAACUAAUUAUUCAACUGAAAUCUCAGGUGUCCCAUUAGGUGGAAACGGCAAGCUGUCCCUUCAGGAAACCAAACCUCCAGUUUCUUCAUCUUUGCCUGUUGGAGCCCUUCAUACAGAACAACUUGCACAGUUGACAUCAUCUCUUCUUGGGCAACAAAGGCAAUCGGGGGGUGCAUCUUCAAGCACUAUGCAUGAAUUUCAAAACUCAUAUAGACCAUCACAGCAAUAUACUUUACCACAUAAUCAGGUAUCUUCUGAGCUUCCGUCUUCAUAUUUUGAUCAAAUGCAGCAGCAGCAGCAGCAGGAGGAGCCAAAUGUGCCUACAGCACCUCAACGGGACCUUCUGACAGGUGUUCAGGUGAAUCAACAGCCGCCAAGUAGUGGUGCGCAAGAGGAAGUGAAUGCAGAUACAAAAAAACGCCUGCUAGCAACAUUGCAGCUGGCAGCAGCUCUCCUUCAGCAAACCCAACAAGGGGGAGGGACUUGA